AUCGCUUUUCCGGAAGAGCAUUUGAAACUUCGUGCAUUUACUCAAAUGCAAUUCAAGUAAAAUUCGAAACUAGUCUUCCCUUCUCCUCUCGUUUCAUUAGAUCCUCCUCAAUUCUUGACUACCCUCUCUCUCUUGCUUUGCUUUAUUGGAUCCUCCUAAAUUUUGAACCAGUCCCUCUUUCUACUCUAUUCACAAUUAAUCUCUCUGCACAACUACUUCUGGAUCUGAAAACUAGAGGUUAUGGAUAUGGUUUCUUCUUCUUCUUCUUCAUUCGCUGCUGAUACAAAAAAGUAAUUGUUUUGGAGCCCUUGUCAAAUUGGUAACUCGUCAGAGAGGUUCUGAAAAGCUUCAUUACAAAAGAUUGACAGAGAAAGCGCCAAUGGAAAUAGAAAACAAGGAAGAGAACAGAAGAAAAAGGAAUCGAUCAGGUGACGAUGAUGAUACUGAUUGUGAGGGGAGCAAAGCAAGGAGACAAGAUGUUGUGGAUAUCGCUUCUUCUUCUUCAUCCACUGCUGAUGCUGAUGAUACCAAAAAGUACGAUGUGUUUAUUAGUUUCAGAGGUGAGGACACCCGCCGUACUUUCACCAGCCACCUCCACGCUGCCUUACUUGAGAAAAAAAUCACAACUUAUAUUGAUGACAAGCUUAAGAGAGGAGAUGAAAUCGCACCUGCCCUUCUCCAAGCAAUCAAGGAAUCAGAGCUUUCGGUGAUCAUUUUCUCGAAAGACUACGCUUCUUCCACGUGGUGUUUGGAUGAGCUUGUGCGUAUCCUAGCAUGCAAGGAAAAACAUGGCCAGUUUGUUAUACCCAUUUUUUACGACACCCUUCCAUCGGAUGUACGAAAACAACGGGGGAGUUAUGAGGUUGCAUUUGCUCAACUUGAGCAACGUUUCCAGAACAGUAUCGACAAGGUGCACAAGUGGAGGGAUGCUUUGACGAAGGCAGCAGAUAUAUCUGGUUUUGAUUCAAAAAAUUAUGGGACGGAUGCUGAUUUAGUUAAGAAAGUUGUUGAAGAUAUUUGGACCAAAUUGUGUCGUGCAUCAUCCUGCGAUUUAAAGGGCUUUGUUGGAAUUGAAAGCCGCAUUAAGCAGGUCGAAUCGCUAUUAGGCAUUCAUUCAUCGGAUGCUUGCAUCACUGUCGGUAUUUGGGGCAUGGGUGGUAUCGGCAAGACCACCCUUGCUGAAACUAUAUUUCACAAACUCUCUUCUAAAUUCGAAGCUUCUUGUUUUGUUAAGAAUGUUAGGGAGAACUCAGAAAAAGCAGGUGGACUAGAUCACUUGGAAACAACACUUCUUAAGGAGAUAUUAAAGGAAGAAGGUCUAUCCAUGGGAUCAACUAGUGUUCGAAAAAGGCUCAGCCGCACAAAGGUUCUCAUUGUUCUUGAUGAUGUGAGUAGAUCAAUGCAAAUAGAACGUUUAGCUGGAGAUCGUCUUCGGUAUGGCACUGGAAGUAGAAUCCUUAUCACAACUAGAGAUAGGGGCACACUUGGGCAAACUGUUGAAGAGAAUGAUAUCUAUGAGGUUGAGGUACUAAAACCGGAUGACGCUCUUCAGCUCUUCUGUUCGCGUGCUUUCAAGAAUAACAGUACGCGUAUAAUAGAUUGUAAGGAGUUGGCAGAAAAGGCGGUGGCUUAUGCCAAAGGCCUUCCUUUAGCUCUUACAGUUCUAGGGUCCUUGUUCUUCAAUUGCAAGAGCAAAGAAGAAUGGGAAGAUGUGUUCAACAAAUUGAAACGAUUUCCCAGUGAAGAUAUUCAGGAAGUGUUGAGAAUAAGUUAUGAUAGAUUGGGAGAAAAUGAGAAGGAGAUAUUUCUGGAUAUAGCAUGUUUUCAUACAGGGCAGUCUCUGGUUGAGGUAAAACAGAUGUUAGAUGCUCGUGGAUUCUUUGCGACAGAUGGAAUUAGAAUUCUCAAAGAUAUGUCUCUCAUAUCAAUUGAUUCAGAACUGGAAACCAUACCGGUGGUCCUAGAGAUGGACGAUUUUCCACAAGAAAUGGGAAGGGAAACCAUAGUGAUGCACGAUUUGCUACAAGAAAUGGGUGGGAAAAUUGUUCAAGAACAAGGUAAUAAAGAUCCCGGUAAACGGAGUAGGUUGUUCAAUGAUGGGGAUGUCUAUCGUGUAUUGAGCAGUAAUAUGGAAACUCCAAAUGUUGAAGUCAUAAAGGUUUAUUGGCCUUACAUUGAAAAGCGAUCAUUGAAACAUGUAGACUUCAAAAAGAUGUCUAACCUAGAAAUGCUAAUUGUACAAUGCAGUUUUCUAGGCCCUCCCUAUUCUCUAGACCUUCCCGAUUCUCUUCGUUAUCUUGAGUGGUGGGGAUAUCAAUUGGAAUCUUUACCGUCAAAAUUUUCUCCGGAAAAUCUAGUUGAGCUUCAUAUGUCACAUAGCGGAGUUAAGGAGCUUUGGAAAGAAGCGCAGAUACUUGUCAACUUACAAGUUAUCGAUCUGUCAUUCUCUAAGGAUCUAAUUAAAGUUCCAAAUCUCUCUAGGAGUCUAGAAAUUGUGAAGAUAAAUCUCUGGGGCUGUGACAGUUUGGUUGAAAUUCCUUUGUAUUUUCAACAUCUUGACAAGCUUAUUCAUCUUAAUCUGGGGUACUGCAGGAGUCUCAAGUAUCUUCCAAAGAUGCCAGGAAGUAUUCAAUACUUAGAUUUAGAAUGCACUGGUAUAAAGGAGGUGCCUGAAUCAGUUUGGUCUAACGAAAAUAUUUCUUACUUGAAUAUAAGUGAUUGCAAAGACCUUAAGAAACUUCCAAGCAGCAGGUGUAAGUUGAAAAGUUUUUCUGGGAGUCUAGAAAUUGUGAAGAUAAAUCUCGGGGGCUGUACAAGUUUGGUUGAAAUUCCUUCGUAUUUUCAACAUCUUGACAAGCUUAUUCAUCUUAAUCUGGAGUACUGCAAGAGUCUCAAGUAUCUUCCAAAGAUGCCGGGAAGUAUUCAAUACUUAAAUUUAGAAUGCACUGGUAUAAAGGAGUUGCCUGAAUCAGUUUGGUCUAACGAAAAUAUUUCUUACUUGAAUUUAAAGCAUUGCGAAGACCUUAAGAAACUUCCAAGCAGCAGGUGUAAGUUGAAAAAUCUCGAGAACCUUGAUCUCGAUGGGUGCUCUAACGUUGAAAAUCUCCCAGAGAUUUGGGAGCCAAUGGAACAUUUGAAGUCCUUAAGUUUAAUUGAUACAAAAGUUACAGAGCUACCCUCAUCAAUCUGUAAGUUGAAAUAUCUUGAGAGUCUUGAUCUCACCAGCUGCUCUAGAUUUUCCAAAUUCCCUGAAAUCUUGAAGCCAAUGGAACAUUUGAAGUCCUUAAGUUUAUUUUACACAGCAGUUACAGAGCUACCCUCAUCAAUCUGUAACUUGAAAUAUCUUGAGAGUAUUGAUCUCACCGGGUGCCUUAGAUUUUCCAAAUUCCCUGAAAUCUUGAAGCCAAUGGAACAUUUGGUGUCUCUUUGUUUGGAAGGCACAGCUUUCGAAAUGCUUCCUUCGUCAAUUGGAAAUCUAAAUAGGCUUCAAGAUUUAAACCUUAGUAGGUGCAGGCAACUUAAGGAUUUCCCAACAAGUAUCUCCAGUUUAACCAAUCUUAAACGUCUCAAAUUUAAUGGCUGUCGGAGACUUGAAAAAUUGCCUUCCACUCUCUGUUUUCGCUCUUUAGAAGAACUAGAACUCAGCGACAGCGGUAUAUUGGAAAUACCAGCAAGCAUCAAACAAGCUUCUCGGUUGUCUAUGCUCGACUUAGGCGGGUGCGGUCAGCUUCAAUCUAUACCAGAGCUCCCAGCGCUAUGUGAUGUUCACGCUCAAGCCUGCACGUCGCUGAAGAUAGUGUCAAGUUCAAGGACAGCACUCACACAAGGUUGGGAUAAACCUCAUUGUUUCAAGGUUUUUACUAAUUGCCCAAAAUUGGAUGAUAAUUCAAGGAGCAACAUAAUGGAUGAAGCACAGAUUGCAAUUAUGCGAAUGGCAACUGUUGCGCCAUUAAAGGACUAUUGCUUGCCUCAUAAUCCCUGGCCUCAUAUUAACAUUAUUUGUCCAGGAAAAGAAAUUCCAAAUUGGUUCAGCUAUCAAAAUGAGGGAUCUUCAGUAGACAUCGAGCUUUGUCCAGAUUGGUUUCGAACAGGUUUAUUUGGUUUCGCUCUCUCUGUUGUUUCUUGUGAUGUCUGGAGUGUAAGAGCUAAUUUCAUUGUCAAAUUCAUGGGUGAAAGCCAUGAACUGUUCAGUUCUAAGUACAUUAUCCCAGGCAACAGCUCCAACUACCAACAUCACGUGCAUGUGUGGAAUGAGGCCUUUAGAAGUGAAGAGGUAGGAAAAAACUGCUCCCCUGAUGUUUACAAACUUGCCAAAGAGGCCUCUGUUGUCUUCUACCUGGAACCUGGAAAUUCUGCUUCCAAAAUGAAGGUGGAAAGCUGUGGUAUAUGCCCAUUGUAUGCGGAAGAUGCUGAGAAAUUCAAAUUUGGUCAUGUGUUCAAGUCGAGGGGACCAAAAGUAGAAGAAGAAACAAGACAAGAUGAUGAUUCCAAAGGUGGUGGAUCAAGUGAUGAGUCUGAAGCAAAUGACAGUGAUUAGGAAAAACUUUUUAAGGCAAAUUUGUACUUUGAUAGCUCACUUGUCUGACCAAGAAAUAAGACAACAACUAGGCAAGGGCUUUAUUAUUUUGGUAUUGUUUAUGCUUUAUACAUAAUAAAGCGCUAGUUAUGGAAGUGUAUAAUAGCCUAUUUGUUAUCUUUAAAACUUGAUUAACCUUUA